CGUACCGCGUGACUCACCCGCCCGCGGUCCACGGUCAGUCGUACCGAGCGACCAGCCCGCAGUGUUUGUGUUGUUAUAAACCGCGUUUCCGCAAACCCGCUACAAUUGUUUUCCGCACCGUCACCGUCCCAGAGGCCCAUUACCGCGCAGCACCCGACAACCGACGCAGCUCGUCUCGUCCAUUCGCCAACGAUCGACUGUCGUGCGACGUUUACUGUCAGUUUCCAGCACGCACUCCCGACAUGUUGAAGUUCAUCGUGCUCGCCGCCAUUCUGUUGGCCGGCUAUUGCGUCCAGGGCGCCGACAGCGUGCUCAGUAAAAGGGCGUCGAGGUUACCGAGCUGCAGGAGCAAGCUGAUGGAUGCGCCCACCGACUGGAUCACCAUGGAAGACCCGUGCACGGAGAAGAUGAGGGAACAAAUCCAGACGGAGUUCGUCGCCUCCAUGACGUACUUGGCGAUGGGAGCGUAUUUUGCUCAAGAUACUGUAAACCGUCCGGGAUUUGCAAAAAUGUUUUUUGAAAGUGCCAGCGAAGAACGGCAACACGCCAUCAAGAUUAUUGGAUAUUUGUUAAUGAGAGGAAAGUUGACUUCAGAUGUUGGUCAAUUAAUCCGUGAUCCCCAACCUUUGGGUAGUACAUAUAGUUCUGGUGCAGAUGCGUUGAAAAAUGCAUUAAUAUUGGAAGCUUCAGUCACUCGUAAGAUAACGGAGAUGGCUAAGGUGUGCGAAACAGAAUUUGAGAAGGUAAAUGCAACUGGACACUUUGAGAGAACAAUGAAUGACUACCAUUUGGUUGAUUGGUUAACUGGUGAUUUCUUGAAUGAACAAUAUGAAGGUCAACGUGACUUGGCUGGUAAAUUGUCAACUCUCAAUAAAAUGAUGGAAUCCCAUGGAGCUCUUGGUGAGUUUCUCUUUGACAAAAAACUAUUGAAUGGAAAUUCAGUUUAAUUUAUUUCUUAUGAACAACAUUACAAACAUUAUCCAAAGUUUUUCUUUAAUUUAAUAUAAUUUUGUAAAAUGAUUAUAACUAUUAUUCAUAAACAUACUUAUACAAAAACUUAACCAAUGAUGAUCAUUUAGUAUAGUGAUAGUAACAUACGUAAUUUUAUUAUACUUUUGA